CAAGAUAACUUCCCCAUCAUCAUCAUCCAACUUACGUAUCAUCCCCGUUAUCUAAUAUUCGGCUUCAAUCGCUUUUACAAGCCACACGGGUAGAUAGGCAGUGGACGCCACUUUUGUCUGUUUGUGUCGCGCUACCAAAGCAAGCAAGCCUCGUCUUACACAAAUCUCGUCUGAUCUGACCAAGAUCUUUAUACAACCAUCAGAAGCAUCCAUCCAUUGUAGUUCAUUAUUCACCUAUAGCACUACCCGUCUGUUUCUGCGUGCUCAGCCAAAGAUGCUUUCCGUCCCAGGUCGACAGGCAAUGCGCCUGCCCGGCCACCGGACUCCCCUUUCCUCGCCUCUCUAUCUCUCUCAUCUCCGAACCUCAUCAGCAUCAUGCUCUUCAUCACGACUUCUCGCCACACAAAGCUCCGUCAGCCUAAAUUCACGGCACCAGCGCCGCAGCAUACACUCCUCCGAGCGGCGAACCUCGACAGUGGCAGACCUGCCCGGUUCCAUGCCGCCUGUGCCACCGCAAAACAUGGACGCAAACCGUGCGCCUCUCUCAGUCCUGCCGCUCAGCAUGAUCCUCCGCUCGCUGGCAACGACAGUGGUCUCUUCUUCCCCCAUCCUGCUGCCGCCCUCACUGCGCAUCAUGGUGGCGCUGGCUCAUGCCAAGUCCCCCAUUCUCAACCCCGACAGGAAUCCCCUUUUGCGGUUCUUCUUGAAAAAGUCCUUUUACGCCCAGUUCUGCGCCGGUGAGAAUGCGGCCGAGGUGCGGCAAACAGUUGGCCGGUUGAAGAACAUUGGCUUCACCGGCGUCAUUCUGGGUUACGCCAAGGAGGUUGUCUUGGACAAGUCAGAUGCCAAGGACAUGACCAUGGCCAAUCUGGGCAAGGAAACGGCACGCGACAUCGAGAAGGAGAUCAACCCCUGGAGAGACGGCACCUUGGAGACUGUUCGAUUGGCUGAUCCUGGUGAUUUUGUUGCACUCAAAUUCACUGGUGCCGGUAGCCUAGCCCUCAAUCAGCUCAAGAACGGCCUUCCACCCUCUCAACAUCUGAGUGAAUCGAUUGACGCCAUCUGCCAGCUCGCUCGUGAUCGCGGCGUGCGCCUCCUCUUCGAUGCCGAACAGGACAUGCUGCAAGACGGCAUCGACGACUGGACCAUGCAAUUCGCUCGCAAGUACAACGACUCUCCGGACACCGCCACCAUCUAUGGUACGUACCAGGCAUACAAGAAGAACUGUCCUGCGGUGGUAUCACGGCACCUGGCCGACGCCCAGAGAGAGGGCUUCACCCUCGGCAUUAAGCUGGUGCGCGGUGCCUACCUGGGCUCAGAUCCGCGAGAGUGCUUCCACGAUACCAAGGAGGGUACAGAUGCGUGCUACAACAGCAUUGCAGCCAGUGUCUUGACUAGGCAAUGGUCCGCUGCUGUUCAGGGCCAGGGCGAAUUCCCCAAUGCUCACAUCGUGCUGGCAACUCACAACGUCGAAUCCGUACGCCGCGCCAGAGCCAUUUGCGACGCUGGCGGCGCCAAGUCGGACAUCGCAUUCGCCCAACUCCAGGGCAUGGCAGACGAGGUGAGCUGCGAGCUUGUCGAGGCCAGCCAGUCGGCCCAAAAGGACAAUGCCAACGCCCGCCCACUACCAGUUUACAAGUACCUUGUCUGGGGCACUACUGGAGAGUGCAUGAAGUAUCUCUUACGCCGCGCUCAGGAGAACAAGGAUGCCGUUCAGCGAACGAGAAACGGAAGAGAUGCUAUGUGGGCAGAGCUGGUCAGGCGGUGCAAGACCGUUGUUGGCAUGGCCUGAACAAACAAGUAAAGAGAUGAUGAGAUGAUGAGGUCAGAGGAAGAGAGCAGGGGAGAAACUGCGUUGGUUUACACCUAUGAAUGUGCUUAAAUAGCUGGCCAAGGCCUGUCUUUCGGAUACCUGCGACACUGCACGGUUUGGAGUUUUGCAAGUUUAGUUUUGAGAAAUUGAUGAUAGAAACGGUUCUUAGAGUAUCUAGCAUUGGAUGUGAAUAACUGGCGGGAGAUGACGGGAAAUUUACAGAGUAUUUGACUUACUGGUUCACCC